GGAAAAUAACACUACUACUUGUAUGAUGUAAUAUGCGUUUAACCUUAUAGCCCUGCAACAUUGACGCCACCAUCCAAACAAAGCUGAGGUGACCAUCUUUCCGGCCGCCGCUGCCUCCUCCAUCACCCAUUUCCAAAACCCUAGACCCCAAUAAACAUUAUCACCUCCGGUAGUGAAAUGGAAUGACUAAAAACCGGCUUCUAUAUAUAAGAUCGAUUCAAACCCUACGACCGGCGACCGGAGAUAAUGCCCUUGUGGGUUCAACGGGCGUCCAAUGUCUUCCUCAUUUCUCGGUUUCAUGGUCACGCUUCUUCAAAAUCUUUCCCUUCGUACGGACCCGAAGCAGUUUGGUUUACUAAAGUUGUAUGUCUCCUCUGUUUUCACCGUUUUCAAUCUCUUGACGUAUUCCAUUCUGAUUAUUUUCGUCAGAAUUUAGACCCACAUAUUGCUUUCACCGUUAUUCACCAUAUUAAUACCAAUUUGAACAACCCCAGAUUGGCAUUUCAUUUUUUACAGUGUACUAGGAUCAAUCUGAAUCUUGUUCAUUCUAUUGGGAGUUUUAAUUUGCUUUUGAGGUCACUUUCUCAGAUGGGGUUUCACGAUUCCGCCCUGUUAGUGUUCAAGUACAUGAAAGCUGAUGGGUAUUUACUAGAAAAUUCGAUUUUAGAAAGUGUAAUAUUAGCACUUGCAAAUGCGAGCAAGUUUGAGAUUGCCAAAGAAAUUUUGAUAUCUCAAGCUGAGUUUGGUAGGGAGGAAGGUAGUAUUGUUAGGCCCUUUGUACAUAAUAGCCUUUUGAGUUUGUUAAUGAAACGAAGUAGAGUAGAUGAAGCUGUUGAUUUUUUCAAACAUCAUAUUUUGAGGUCAGAGAGAUUGUUUCCAGAUACCUGCACUUUUAACACUGUGAUUCGUGGGCUUUGUCGAGUUGGAGGAGUUGAUAAGGCAUUUAAGUUUUUCAAUGACAUGGGAAGUUUUGGUUGUUUCCCUGAUACUGUUACGUAUAACACUCUUAUAAAUGGGUUAUGUGCUGUUGGUCAAGUGGACAGGGCGCGAGGUUUGUUAGGAGCUCUUGAGUUACAAGAUGGACUGUCACCUGAUGUUGUGACAUAUACUUCUGUUAUCUCUGGUUACUGCAAGUUGGGCAGGAUGGAUGAGGCUAAAAAUCUGAUGGAUGAAAUGAGUACUUAUGGUAUUAGUCCAAAUCUGGUUACUUUUAACAUUCUUAUUAAUGGUUUUGGCAAGAUAGGAGACAUGUUUUCUGCUAUAAAAAUUUAUGGGAGGAUGUGUGCUGUUGGUUACCCUCCUGAUGUUGUUACCUUCACUUCUCUCAUUGACGGUUAUUGUCGGACUGGAGAGUUAGACCAGGGCUUAAAGCUCUGGGAUGAAAUGAACACUAGAAAUUUGUCUCCAAACUUAUAUACUUUUUCUGUUCUUAUCCUUGCUUUGAGCAAGGAGAAUAGGCUAAAUGAAGCUCGGGAAUUAUUGAGGCAAUUGAAAUCGAGGGAUGAUAUUGUCCCCCAACCAUUUGUAUACAACCCCGUGCUUGAUGGGCUUUGCAAGGCUGGUAAUCUGUGCGAAGCAAAUGUCAUUGCAGCAGAAAUGGAGAGCAAAGGGUGUUGCCAUGAUAAAAUCACCUUCACCAUUCUCAUUCUUGGGCAUUGCAUGAAAGGAAGAAUGCUUGAAGCUAUGGCCAUUUUUGAUAAGAUGCUAUCAUUGGGUUGUGUCCCCGAUGAUAUCACAGUAAGUUGUUUGACAUCAUGCCUUCUAAAAGCUGGGAUGGUAAAAGAAGCUUAUAAAGUAAGGCUUACUCCAUUAAAGGACUUGAAUCCGGAUUUAUCAUCUUCAAAGCAAUCUGUACCGUUCCGGAAAAGUUUGGAUAUCCCAGUGGCUGUUUAAUUAAAAAAAUUAUCUGGUUCCUGUGGCACUGCUGAAGGAACAUGCGGAUCGUCGUUCCCUUCAAGUGCUUCAGAACUCGAGGAAGAUUGCUUCAGUAUGUUUAUAUCAAGCUCAAGAAGCAUGGUCAUUGGUGUUUCUGGUUAUAAGCUCCCUCAUUUUGAGAAAAGAAAACAGGCCAAAGUAACAAAUAAAAGAAAAAAAACUGAAGGAUUUUUGAUGGAUAACUAUCAGAAACUUAAGGAUUGUACAUGAAACUAGUGCCUUUUUUUUUAAAAAAAAAAGAAGAAGAAGAAGAAGGGGGAAACUGUCUUUGAAAAUCAGCUAAGAUACCAUGGAAUAGUGUAAUAAUGGGAGGCUGGAGGGAAAAUUUGAAGAGUUUGUUGACUGAGAAGAACUGAAAUGGGAAAAUAAUUUACAAUGAUAAACAAUGUUUUGUUUGUUGAAAGUCUUGUGAGAAACUUUUAUACUACUUUAUAAAUCUUUAUACAUUGUUAUCAGUGAUGUGAAGGAAUGUAGGGACCAAUUUACGUCUAAAUAUUUAAGUUCUGCCGAUGAAAGGGCUUCCUUGAGAAGCCUCUUAAAGCUUCUGAGAAAGUGCAUGUGUUUUGGUUCAUCUUCAAGUUUUUACAGAAUUUCAAGUAGAAUAUUUUUUCUUGAUUGUUCGAAUUUUAACUAGAAUAUGCGAGUAUUGACUUUGUUCUUCUGUCUAGCUACCUUUUUGGUGACAGCCGCUAGGAGUUGUCCCGUACAUCAAGCGCGUAUUGGCAUCUUUUAUAAUUUCGGUCCGCGUCCUCGAUGUAGGCAAGCUUAACCUUCUGAUGAAAUAUUCCUAAAUAAUUUGAAGUACUACUGACCAUAUCAUCAACCUGAUUUACUCCAAGACAUUCCAAAAUGAAUGAGUUCUGUCUAAAAUUGCUCAUAUUUUUUGAAAUUCACA